UCGGAGGUAACCACAAACUGUAUGAAACGAGUCGACACAGUGUACACAGCAACAGCGCAGACUCUCUCCUCAUUGUACACAAUAAUCUGAUCUCAACUGAUGCAUGGCAUGUUUUAAUAAUUCUUUGGAUUUCAGGGCUGUGCUUCAAUUUAUGCAGCUGUUGUGCGCUUGUGAUGUGCUUAGUUUAGAUACCCUUGAGUCUUCACUUCACUAUUUUUCGAAUUUUCUAUGCAACUGAAUCGGCUAUCUAUCGAUUCUUUCAGAUUCUAUGGCUCAAGCAGAUUAUAGAGUUGUGUGUUUAGUGUGUAUAAAAAUAUAAAAUUAAAGUAGAACAGUAGGUCUAGAUUCUAGUUGUGUCACUCAGCAUUAAAAUUAGACAAUAAUUGUCAAAUAAAUUGCAUGAAAUGCGGCUCCGCUCCUUCAAAUCAACCUCAAGUAGAUUUUGUCUUGUUUAGAUCUAAAUCUAACUGUUAAAACAGCUGAUAGAGAUCAAAAGGAUAGAUCUAGAUUUCUAGAUCUAGAGGCUAAAUAGCCCUAUUGAAACAGAGUGAGUGAUAAGCUGAAUCCUUGUAUGUCAUGCACUGCUGAGACAAUAAAUUAAUAAUAAUAUUAUAAUAGAUCUAGAUCUAGAUCUAGAUCUAGUAUUCAUUAUAAAUGUCAUGUUCAAACAAGAACAAAAAUAUCUAAUUUUGUAGGGCUUGUGGUUAUAAGUCCAGUUAUUGUAACAUGGGUUCCCCUUUCCAUUUUCGGGAGGAAUUCCGUAACGAGCGACCCCUAUGACACAGAGUAGUCUAAUGGAGUGUUAGGGUUUGGGGUAGGGGUAGGUUUUGGGUACAAGUUACGGAAGGCCUUCCCCAUUUUCUAUUCUUGUAUGGCUUAUUUUGCAGUGGUGCUCCGAUGCAAAGUAGAGUCUAGUAAAGAUCAAAUCAUGGUUCAACAGUUAAUCUGUGGCUAGUCUUAUUUAUGAUGGGGUACAGUUUAGGUUUUUUAAAUAUUUCCUUGUCAAGGGUUUAAAUUGUAAAAGUAAAACUGUUUUUAAGAUAGAUCUAUACGGUUUUCUUGAGGUUGCAUAUUUUCAUUGGAUUACCGUUGAGAUUAAUUUUAGUUUUACUUUUCAACAAUAAUAACAAUAGAGAAAGAUCAAAUGAGGUGGCUGGUUAUAAUAAUAAUAAUAAGGCUAGCAUAAUAAUAAUUACAAGUGAAAGUCAAAGUGUACCUUCCUAAAUGAUUUGGGUAACAGUUCAUCAUCAUUCUAUCCGCUUGGCAUACUGUGGCUAGUAUAUAAUUUAUCUCAAAUCUCGAUCUAUAAUGUGAAGGCUUUUAAAUUGACGAUUCCAUCUUGAGGAUUAUUAUAUUCCAAUUGGUUUGUGUUCAGUGGGUGUGGACAGGUCGGUUGUGUACAGACUUUCUGUUAUUCUUCAGCAUUUCAUUGGUCAAUUAAGGCCUGAUAUUUUUGAACCCCUGGUUGCAAUUUGGUAAGAUACAAACUGGGAAAACUUUGGAAAUUGUUUUUUAUUCAUUUUUCAUUGUAUUUCUCCAGGUUUGUUUUUUAUAAUAGAUUCUAUAGGUACUGAGUGUGUGGUUGAUAUUGACUCAUGAGUGCGUUUCUGAAAAUUCCCGAGUCAAUUGGAAAAUAAUGGUGCCUAUCGAGUGCUGUGGAAUUCAUUAUAAUGGAUGGCUACGCCUUCAAAAAGGAAUCACUGGAACUGACUUAUGAAGUUGGAGAUGACAUUGGCAGCGGAAACUUCGCUGUGGUCCGGCGAGUGACCUAUCGGGACAGCGGCCAGGAGUAUGCCGCCAAGUUCAUCCGAAAGCGUCGGGGCGGGGGCCGCAAGGGGGCGCGCAUGGAGGACAUCCACAAGGAGAUCAGCAUCCUUCGGUCCCUGGACCACCGCAACGUCAUCAGUCUGUACGAGGUGUUCGAGACCUCACAGGAAGUGAUCCUGAUUCUUGAACU